AUGUCAUCACACACCCAAACCACCACGAAAAUCGAUAUUCCAUCACCCACUCUCGUGACCCUUCCCCAAAAAUUCUUCCUUGGCAUCAAGAGAAACCAUGUGAGUUUGGUGAGUGGAAAUUUCGGAGAGUGGAUUCAAGAAACCUACCGUCAAGCCAUUGAAGCCAUUCCUCAACUUGAGUACAAAGCACAAACCUCCAUUCCGAUCGCAUUCUAUCAUCGUUUUGGCAGUCAUGAAGAUGUGGAUUUGGAGAAUGCCAUCUUUGUAGAUUUGAAUGAAUUGGGAGUGAGUGUACAACAAGUAAAAGAAAAACUCAAAGAAUUGAACCACAAUGCCAAGAACAAGAUGGAAAUUAAUUCCAUUGAAAAUGGUGAAUACUUGACAUUGAGAUUUGUAGGUCCUUACGACAUGUUGGAACAAGUUUGGUCCAAGUUUAUGAAAAGCAUGGAAGAGUUGCAAUAUGAAAUGGCUGGUCCUUGUUGGGAAGAGUAUUGGAAUUCUCCAACAGAGGUGAAGAGUCCAAAUGAAUUGAUUACUGUGUUGUAUCAAAAGGUGGCACCAAAGAAAAAGUAA